AUGCACGUGGUUACCAUCAUAACCCUGCUUUUCUUUUGUAAAGCCGCUGAGCUCCGCAGGACAGACCCUGGGGGUGUGAAAAACCAAACGAAUCAUGGCCAGGUGGGUGGGGGCCGGAGAGGCUUCAACCCAGUCAAACGCUCUACACCAGACCUCCCCUGCGAAGUGUACACAUAUCUUCAUGAGAAAUACUUAGAUUGUCAAGAAAGAAAACUACUUUAUGUGCUGCCUGGCUGGCCUCACGAUUUGCUGCACAUGUUGCUAGCAAGAAACAAGAUCCGCGUAUUGAAGGACAACAUGUUUUCCAAGUUUAGAAAUCUUAAAAGCUUGGAUCUGCAACAGAAUGAGAUCUCCAAAAUUGAGAGUGAGGCUUUCUUUGGUUUAAAUAAACUUACCACACUCUUACUGCAGCAUAACCGGAUCAGAGUCUUGACAGAAGAAGUGUUCAUUUAUACACCCCUCCUGAGCUACCUGCGCCUUUAUGACAACCCCUGGCACUGUACUUGUGACAUAGAAACACUUAUUUCAAUGUUGCAGAUUCCAAAGAAUCGAAAUUUGGGGAACUACGCCAAGUGCAAAAGCCCAGAAGAGCUAAAAAAUAAAAAACUGCGGCAGAUAAAAUCUGAAGAGUUAUGUGAUGAAGAAGAAAAGGAAGAAUUGGAUCCCAAAACCCAAGUGUCAGGGAGACCCCCAGUCAGGAAGCCUGAGGUGGACUCUUCUCUUUGCCACAUUUACGUGUUUCCCAUACAAACACUGGACUGCAAAAGGAAAGAGUUGAAGAAAGUUCCUAACAACAUCCCUCCAGAUAUUGUUAAACUUGACUUGUCAUAUAAUAAAAUCAACCAACUUCGACCCAAGGAGUUUGAGGAUGUUCAUAAGCUAAAGAAAUUAAACCUGAGCAGCAAUGGCAUUGAGUUCAUCGAUCCUGCUGCUUUUCUAGGACUCACAAAUUUAGAAGAGUUAGAUUUAUCAAACAACAGUCUGCAAAACUUUGACUAUGGAGUAUUUGAAGACUUGUAUUUUUUGAAACUCCUGUGGCUCAAAGAUAACCCUUGGAGAUGUGACUACAACAUCCACUACCUCUACUACUGGUUAAAGCACCAUUACAACGUCCACUAUAAUGGCCUGGAAUGCAAAAUGCCUGAAGAAUACAAAGGGUGGUCUGUGGGAAAAUAUGUUAGGAGUUACUAUGAAGAAUGCCCCAAAGACAAAUUACCAGCAUACCCUGAAACAUUUGACCAGGAUACAGAAGAUGAUGAAUGGGAAAAAAUACAUAGGGACUACACAACAAAGAAGCAAAGUGUAAGAAUCACUCUAGUGGGAUAG